ACGAACAAUCGUAUUUUGAAGAGAAAGGGACUAAGUCUAGAAGACCAGCACUAGGGCAAUAACUAACACACAAAAACAGCAAGGCAUGGGGACGUGGUCAUAUGCGGGUUUGCUGGUCGCUUUCUUAUUAAACUGGUUCACAACCGAAACAUCUGCAAUAACUGGUUGUGACUAUUUUCCAGAACUCUGUGAUCAAGACAUAGAUGUAUACUUAGGUGAACCAAGAGCCCCCGAAAAGAGAUUUCUCAGAUUUGGAAAGAGAGCUUUGAGUGGCGACCACUACAUCAGAUUUGGUCGUAACAGUGACGAUAAGAGAUUCCUCAGAUUCGGCAAAAGGAGUCAGGAAUCCAGUGUAGAAAACGAUUUACGAGCGGCUCUAAAUAAAGUCCUUCAAUUCAAACAGGAAACAGGUUUUCAAAUAAGAAAAAGAAGAUCAGCCGAUCCACCUCUAAUCAAAGAUGUACCAGAACCAAAGGAUAACGACAACUCCACAGAAAAAGAAGAGUCCGAAAAACAUAAACGCGAAGCCGGUGAAGUUUCCCAAGACAAGCGAUUUAUGAGAUUUGGAAGAACUCCUUCUGCUGACUCUAAUCAAGACAGCAUCUAUAUGAAAAGAUUCAUGCGUUUUGGAAGAAAUCCUGGUUUUGAGAAAAAAUUCAUGCGUUUCGGUAAAGAUGGAAAUGAAAAAAGGUUUAUGCGAUUUGGAAAAAGAGAAGACGGCGAUAUGGUUACAGACGAUAAGCGGUUUAUGCGUUUUGGGCGUGAUCCUAAAGAUGACACACUGAUGGAAAGAUUUGUUCGCAACGGACGGAGCGGAGACGAUAAGCGAUUCAUGCGAUUUGGAAGAAGCGGAGAAGAUGAAAAGAGAUUCAUGCGAUUCGGCAAAAGAGAAGAUGAUGAGAAAAGAUUCAUGCGAUUUGGCAAAAGUGGAGACGAAGAAAAGAGAUUCAUGAGAUUCGGAAAGAGUGGGGACGAAGAAAAAAGAUUCAUGAGAUUUGGCAAAAGUGGAGACGAGGAAAAGCGAUUCAUGAGAUUUGGCAAAAGUGGGGAGGAAGAAAAAAGAUUUAUGAGAUUUGGAAAAAGUGUAGAUGACGAAAUACAGGACGAUGAAAAGAGAUUCAUGCGAUUUGGUAGAAAUAAAUUUGACGAUGAGAAACGUUUCAUGCGAUUCGGAAAAAGUGGAGACGAAGAAAAACGAUUUAUGCGAUUCGGAAAAAGUGGAGACGAAGAGAAACGAUUCAUGCGAUUCGGCAAAAGCGGAGACGAAGAAAAACGAUUUAUGCGAUUCGGAAAAAGUGGAGACGAAGAGAAACGAUUCAUGCGAUUCGGCAAAAGCGGAGACGAAGAAAAACGAUUUAUGCGAUUCGGAAAAAGUGGAGACGAAGAGAAACGAUUCAUGCGAUUCGGCAAAAGUGGAGACGAAGAGAAACGAUUUAUGCGAUUUGGAAAAAGUGGAGACGAUGAAAGUAGAUUAAUGGGAUAUGACCAAACGGACAAACGUUUUAUGCGAUUUGGUAAAUCCUUGUGAUAUUUCUUAAGUUUUCUUAAGGAACCUUAAAAUAUUUGAAUGUAAGCAGAGUAUGCGAUACAUGUAUUAUAUUGUAAAUAUUGGGCUUUAAUUUUUUGAUGAGAAUGUUAAUAAAUUGUACAUGUAUGUCAUUUCCGGAAAUUACAUUCAAUAAAUAUUAUUUUCUUAUACAUAUAACAUAUAUUCAUACAUAAUGUACUUAGUAUUUUUGCCCAACUAUGUUGAGCAUGCUUGGGUAUCAUGCUUCGUUUAUAAAAUAGUUGUUAAUAAAAUUAUUUUUACUCAUUAA